UCCUCUUCUUGCGGAUGCGUCCUUCGGUGCAGAGCUGUAGUGGGGCUUUGGGUGUCACCGGGCUGUGUGUGUGAGUGUGUGUGUGAGUGCGCCUCCGGACCGCGGAGAUCCUGGCCACCGCUGCGGCCGUUGCUGCCUCUGGAGUCCGCUGUGACUGACCACAAACGUGGCGAUGCCCUGAGAGCGCCCGGAUCCCCGCGUGCCACCCGCCGCCCGCCAAAAUGUCUGAUGUCAACAAGACUGUCCAGAAAUGGCACGCCAGUUUCCGAAAAGCCACGGACUUUGACUCGUGGGGACAGUUAGUGGAGGCUAUAGAUGAGUAUCAAAUUCUGGCAAGACAGCUGCAGAAAGAGGUCCAGGCACCAAAUUCAACAGAUUUCAAUGAAGAACAGAAGAAAAAUUUGGGGAAAAUUGCAACAUGUCUGGAAAUGAGAAGUGCCAGUUUACAGUGCAGUACACAGACAAAGGAGGAGUUCAAGCUGGAAGAUCUGAAGAAAUUGGAAAAUAUUAUUACAAACAUCUUAACCUAUAACAAAGAGUUCCCGUUUGAUGUGCAGCCUGUGCCGUCUCGUAAAAUCCUGGCUCCUGGAGAAGAAGAGAACUUGGAGCUGGAGGAGGACGACGCAGCAGCAGAUGCGGGACAUGGCUCCAGAGACGCCUUCUCUCCUCGCGCCCCCGGUACUCUGUUGCCACGGUUACCGUCGGAGCCUGGGAUGACCCUCCUCACCAUUAAGAUAGAAAAGAUCGGUUUGAAGGACGCGGGCCAGUGUAUUGAUCCCUACAUAACCAUCAGUGUCAAAGAUAUGAAUGGUGUGGAUUUGAACCCGGCGCAGGACACUCCCGUUGCCUCCAGAAAAGAGGACACUUAUAUUCACUUUAAUGUGGACGUGGAGGUGCAGAGACAUGUAGAGAAACUCCCCAAAGGUGCAGCUAUCUUCUUUGAAUUCAAGCACUACAAACCUAAAAAGAGGUUCACCAGCACAAAAUGUUUUGCCUUCAUGGAAAUGGAUGAGAUCAAACCAGGUCCGAUCGUCAUUGAACUGUACAAGAAGCCGACAGACUUCAAGAGGAAGAAACUGCAGCUGUUAACCAAGAAGCCCCUGUAUCUGCACCUGCACCAGACUCUGCACAAGGAGAGCUAGGUUCUGCCCCCCUCCCCCCACAUCACCUCCUCACCUCAGCAAUACCAAAAGGACACUUAUAACAAAGGGAUCAUAUCUCCAACACAAUGUUCUCUGCCAAACACUUUUAUAUUUAGUUCAUAAUGCAUCAUAGUACAUCCCUUCUGUUGCAAGAAGGAUUUGAACUAUUGGCUUCUUCACCAGUCUUCCUCUGCUCUACCUGAUAAAGCAUUAGAGGUGCUUUGAGUCACGUUUUUUAGCUUAAUCUGUGUUUUGGUGGACUUUGGACAUUAAUGAUUAAUCCAGCUAAAUGUUUGAGCCGCCGGGUCGUGUAAGGACAGAAUUUAAGCAUUAACGAUAGAGUAUAUCCUAAAUAAGUAAUGACUAACACACAAGAAGUUAAGCCCUUUAGAGCAGUGAUCUAAAUCUUAAGUGGUCUAUGCAUAUACCACAUACAAAUGAAGGGAAACUUUUGCAAGUUUUUAAGGCAGAUGCCCUAACCAGAGUAUUUAAGUAACUGUAUGUAAUAUUUUGUUUUUAAAAAUCCAUAAACAUGACCCAUCUGUGUCUCCAGAUACAAGUACACGUGUUCAAACCAAUUAUAGCUUUUACUGAUUAUUGUAAUGCUGAUUUAUUCUUUAUCACAAAAACAUUGGACAUAAUGGAGAAGUUGUUUGUUAUAAUUUGGUGUUUUGCUUCUCAUGAUGAUCAUCCAAUCAGAAAGCAGAAUGAGCCUCUCAUGUGUCUCAUUUAGGUUGCCAGUUUCGAUGCUGAAUUCCAGUUAGUUUAAACCUAAAAGGACUCUGAGAUCUGUGGCUCAGUGAAUGAAUUCUGAGUGUAGUGUCCAGCGGCCCUGUGCCACCAGCUACUUAACUGAGUUUAAAGGUGUUGCAAACCAUGGUUAAAGAGCCCAGGGGGUUUAGUGAAGAAUCCUUUUAUUGACAUUUUCUACACUAGCACAACCACAUUCAAAAACUGUAUGGCUCUACUCUGUAGCACUGAAACAUCCUUAAUUAGCCAUUAAAAAGGCCCACCUGGGCCCACCCAAUAAGACCAAACAGGAAGUGACACACGGUGGAUGGUGGUGCAAACAUAAGAAAGGUCUCAAAAUGGCUCUUACAUUGAGAAUGAGAAAAACUUGUGCUUGUCCUCUAUCUGUAGGUUAAGGCUCUGGCAACACAAGUUCAGUUGUGAUUGUAAUAACUAAAGCACAGGCUACAUACACUUCCUUCAUUAUUAGUCCAGAAAGAUGUUUUGUGCACUGUUCACUUCACUAGCAGAGGGUGACAAACACAAAGUAUUAUGUGCAAACUGAGAAAUAAGGAUACUAAGGAUACUAUAUUUCACAGCAGAAAAUAAUGUACAAGAUUGGAAAGGUACCAAUGCAGAGGUGUCAGAAAAGAUAUCAGAGACCAAACUCAAACUGGCCGACUUCUGGUGCUUCUCUUGUCAGCUCACUCAGAUUCUCCAUGCUGUCAUUGUUUUAAUGCUGAUCAAAUUAAAUAAGUGAAGAUGCCAAAAUGAAAACUGACAAACGUAACUGCAAAAUAAGGGAUCAUAGACUUUUGAAUUUGAAUAAAAAAAUUUUGUUACACAUGUUUUAUUGUUAAAAUGUUCAAAAAUUAACGUUACAAUAGGCUAACCAUUUAAUGCAUUUCAUUUCCCAAACAUUAUAAAUAAUCUUACUUUGAUAAAUGUAGUUUAAAGAAUGUAUGAUUUAAUUUAAAUCAGAAAAAUCUGCCAUUGAUAAAUCCAUUAAUGUCAUCACAUGCUUUGCAAAAAUAAUUGGUUCAUGAUAUUCAAAGGAUUCAAAGGGACUGAUUAUGUCCAUUCCAGCAAAACUUUUUACUAUCAACUUGUCAACUACAUCUUCAAGGAAUGUGUGCAGUUACUUCAAAGUCUUGUACCUUUAUUUUGAAAUUCAAAUGUGACCCUGCACAAAGGGCUUUUAUUUGUGACUGCAUGUUGACUUUGUUUAUGCUCCUGAUUUUUUAUUAUUUACAUUGUAUGUCCAACUUCGACUGUAAAUGAACUGUAAGAUACAUAAACAGAUGAUUAAACGUUAUUGUAAUCUGUGAAGCACUAUGGAGGGAGACAUGUUUUGUUGAAUGGCUGAAUUGUAUUUCAUAACAUUUGCAAUGCUAUUAAUUUCUAAUAAAAUUCAAAUGUCAGUUUCCAGGUGUUUUUGCAGGUGAGCACUGCUUAGCCACUCAAAAGUGCACAGUACUUACCACAGACUUUAAAGGCCCUGUACCUAAUUUUUUGUAUAUUGCAUAAGCAGCUUUUGAGGUCAAAAUAGGUCAGCUGUGUGCUGUCUGCAUCUGAUUAAAAAGCAUUUUAUUGUCAUAGUCAGGAAGUGCAUGUUAGGAUGCUAGUUGUUAGCUUUACCAUGACGGCUGAGUUGUGAAAAGUGCUUAUACACUCAUCGCUGUGAAUAAUACUUUAUACCACUGCAACGGUGAAAACAUGAAAACCAGAACUAGUUAAUUUUUACACAGUAAAAAAUCAGGUACAGCGCC